CCUAUCAUGGCCAGCCUAUCAGGCCCGCCGCUAUCUUAUCGGGACAGCUCCACCUCGGCCGGAAUCUUACAAAUGUACUCCGUACGGAGUAACCUAUCUAGAUACUAGUACGUAUCUACCGGGUACUCAAGAGUGGAGUCCAAUGGUGUCAGAAAUGGUGUCAACUCGUCUUCAGCACGCGCCAUCCACAUUUCACCCAGGUAUCCGGUACGCCGUACUGUAUCACGCGGUAUAUACACUCAACAUCAGCAUCAACAACAGAAACCAGAAUCAGAAACAGCGACAUCAACAGCAAACAGCAACAGCAACAGCAGCACGGCCAGCCGGUCAAGAAGGCAAGGGAUAUACAGAGCAGAUCAACCCCGACCCCGCAUAAUGAACGAAAGAAGAAAGAAAGGAAUAAAGAAAGAAAGAGCGAACGAAAGUAAGAAAAGA